UAAACCCCUUCUCGUUUUUUUUGGCGAAAAACCCACAAGAUAAACCCCUUCGGCACCCCCACUCGUCUCCGCGCCGUCUCCUCGUCCGCAGCCCGUUCGGCGACAUGCCGCCGCCGGCGCCGCUCUUCCUCUCGCUCCCCUCGCCUCCCCCACCGCUCCUGCCUGUCCACCACCCAAAGGCCCCGCAAGCCCUAACCCUAAAUCGGCCCCUCACCUCAUCCAGGAAACCCGCCCUCCCCACGCGCCCCGUCGCCUCCCUCGCGCCAGCUGUGGCCACACGCCAGUAUGACUGGACGCGCAAGCAGAAUUUUGGCUUGUUUUCUGCUGCUGGCGAUAAAUUUUAUGGGAAUUUAGAAGCUCAGUUUUGGAGCUGGCUGGAUACUUGCUGGUUUAGAAUACGGAGGCAGGGUGGUCUAUCUCGUAGAUAUUCAAAAAUUUUGUCCUAUUACGGGCUCACAACUCCGCCAUAUAAACUGGAUGCCCUGGAACCUUAUAUGAGCAGGAGAACAGUUGAACUUCAUUGGGGUAAACACCAUCAGGAUUAUGUGGAGGGCUUAAAUAAGCAGCUUGCUAGCAGCCCGCUGUAUGGAUACACUCUGGAGGAGCUGAUAAAAGAAGCAUACAACAAUGGCAAUCCACUACCAGAAUAUAAUAAUGCAGCACAGGUCUGGAACCAUCACUUCUUCUGGGAAUCAAUGCAACCAGAAGGUGGUGGCUUACCUGAGGGAGGUGUUUUGCAGCAGAUUGAAAAGGAUUUUGGCUCGUUUACUAAUUUCAGGGAAGAGUUUAUUUCCUCAGCCUUACAACUAUUGGGGUCUGGUUGGGUUUGGCUUGUCUUGAAGAGAAAUGAGAGAAAGCUUUCAGUGGUUCAUACAAGAAAUGCCAUCUCCCCACUUGCUUUUGGUGAUAUUCCAAUUGCCAGCCUAGACUUAUGGGAGCAUGCUUACUACUUAGACUACAAGGAUGAUAGGCGAACAUAUAUUACAAACUUUAUGGACCAUCUCAUCUCUUGGGACACUGUCACUCUGCGCAUGAUGCGUGCUGAGUCUUUUGUGAAUCUUGGUGAGCCAAAUAUCCCAGUGGCAUGAGAUACAGAUACACCCUGGUAAUCAGGUAUCCUGCGAGGAUGUCUGGUCAAAUACUGCAGGAGGAAGCAGAGAGUUGGAAAAGCUGCAUAAGCUUCUGGAUUUUCACCAUUGCCCUUGGGCCUUGGCUAUUCCUGCAAGGAAGUCAGCAUCCAAUUUCAGGACAUGCAACAAGGCAGUUUUAGACACUUGGGAGCAUGUAGAUUAUGGUGCUGGGCUAUGUCCAACUUGGGCUUUGAAGCCAUGGCACUUUCUCUAGGCGGCUAUUCUUCAGAACGAGUGCCCAGACUGCUGUUAUAAUAGAUUCAGCUCUAAGUUUGCAGGAGUUUGUUGUGCCAGCGUUUUGUUGUAGCGGAAUGGAACCAUGUUCUUGUUUUACUGUAGGAAUGUGUGCUGGUGCGUGCGUGCGUUUAGUAGAAAGAAGAUAACUUUGAGGAUAGGAAUAUUUAAAUAAACAGCGGAAACCUACAGAAUCUUUAAAUAAAAA